AUGCGUAACCAGCCAUUUCGACCAAUUCAGAACCAAAUACCUGUUCAGCAUCAGAGUAUGCCUGAAUAUAAUGGGUAUAACAUAAGUCAUACUAACCCACCAGUAAGGGUUCGAGAAGAACCGCAAGUCCAAAUGGGGAUGCCUGAUGUCCCUAAUCCUAGUGUGACUUUGGUUCACAGAAACCAAGAUGCAGAUGAAGUUGUUAGAAAUGUGCAACAAGAUAACUGUGAUGGCCAAAACAAUUUGGCUAACAUGGUUGAAACUAUACUUGCACUGAAUGGCCUUAACGUUGGGUUACAUAGGCCAAAUUUUGUAUCAACAUUUUCGGAGUAUGUACUCCAAACUGAAUUACCAACGGGUUGGAAAAUCCCUAAAUUCACGAAGUUUGCUGGUGACACUAGUGAAUCCACUGUCAAACACAUUGCUAGAUAUUUGGCAGAGGCAGGGGACUUAGCAAAUAAUGAGAAUCUAAGGAUGAAAUAUUUUCCUAAUUCUCUCACUAAGAAUGCCUUUACUUGGUUCACUACACUGCCCCCUGGUUCCAUCCAUCAUUGGACCCAAUUAGAAAGAGCUUUUCAUGAGCAAUUAUAUAUGGGAAAAUCUAAAAUUAGCCUCAAAGAAUUGUCAGUUGAAAUGGCCGCUGGUGGCCUUGACUACUCUAUUCGAAAGAAAUUAGAUACUCAACAUUUAAGGGAUAUGGCACAGUUAGCAAAUAGAGUUCGACAAGUCGAACGCCUUAAGAUAGAAAAGGCUAGAACUUCUAUGGAUCUGGUGCAGAAAGAGGUUGAUUUCCUUAACAGGUGUAAGUUAAGUAACAAAGAGGUUAUGCUAUGCCUCAGGUGCAGCGCUGUGUGCGACAAAGAGGCUACUGCAGGUCUUACUAAUUAUGUUCCUUAUGUCAAGAACAAAGGAAACUGGCCUAGGCAGAGUUUGAACAAAAGAAAAGAAAUUGUUCAAGCUCCUACAAUCCAACAGAGAUUGGGACCAAAGACUUUCGUCCCUGCCAAUCGUGUCCCUGUGAAUUAG